CCGCUGGGGGCCUUCGGUUUGGUUCUCAAAGCUUGCCUUCACGUUCACGCUUUGUUAUUGCCACCCAUCGCUCCUUUCACUGUUCCCUUCCGAGUACACGCCAGUCAUCAUCCGUCAUGAGCGACAACACCUACGUAGCGCCGCUUCAUCCUCGUCCUGGGGACCGUUCUCGCGAGGAUGGUCGCGAGUUCAAGCUACUUCACUUCAUCUACAACCAGCCCAACCGAGACGAGAUCCAGGGCAACCCGCAGAAAGUGCUGGAUCUGAUCGACGAGUUCGCGCAGACAUAUCACUUCAUGAACAUCGGACCUGAGAAGGGCAAGUUCAUCACCGAGAUCAUCGCAGAACGCAAGCCCGAGGUCAUGAUUGAGCUCGGUGGUUACGUCGGUUACUCUGCGAUCCUGUUCGGUGAUGCCGUGCGCCGGGCCGGCGGGAAGCGCUACUAUAGUCUCGAGUUGAACCCAGAGUACGCCGCAAUCGCAAAUAUGCUCCUGGAUCUGGCUGGGCUGCGCGACUUCGUGCGCAUCAUCGUCGGCCGCAGCGAUCUCUCCCUUCACAAGCUGUUCAACAGCGGCGAGGUCAAGGAGGUGGAGGUGCUGUUCAUCGACCACUACAAGCCGGCUUACACCACCGAUCUAAAGCUGUGCGAGCAGCUGGGCAAGAUUGUCCCGGAGGUGUCGGUCGUAAUUGCUGACAACGUGCUGUACCCGGGCAACCCGCCCUACCUAGAAUAUGUGCGCAGCACGGUGGAGCAGAAGCGCGAGGCGGCCAAAAAGGGCCCGGAACGAUCCUACAACAAGGAGGGCAUCCCGGACAGGACGGUGCAGUCCUUCCUGGGGGCAGACGCGACCCCCCAUUUCGACAUCAUUGGCAACCCCAACCUUGUAUACGAGAGCAAGCUCGUGAAGCCGGAAACCACCCGAGACGCCAUCGAGGUCACCCGGUGUGUGGGGGUGCAAGAGUAGAAAAGAGAUUCCAUGGAAGGUGGAAGAAGAUACAGUAGAGAGUCGGCG